AAUCACAUAAAAUUAUUCAUUUAAAAAGCACCAUGUGUUCAAAAAAUAAGUUUACAAAUGAGCAACGACAACUAUUAAUUUCCGAAGUUCAAUCAAAACCUAUUUUGUGGAAUGAUCGGCAUCCAGAUUAUAAAAAAACGGAUAAAACAAAGAAAAUGUGGGAAGAAAUUGGGAAAGUAGUUGGAUUUUCAGAAUGGCCAACAAAUUUAGAUACUCUGAAGAAGAAAUGCUAUUGGCUUUGGAAGAUGUAACUUCCAAAUCAUUAUCAUAUUCACUAUAACCCAAAUCAACUUUAUCCAUGAAAUUAACGGGAAAGACUCCUUUAGUUAGAAAAAUGGGCCCUUGUUCAUUUUUGAGUAAUGAAGAAGAAAACCGAAUAAAAGCUUGGAUUUUAAAUAAUGCUGUACUUGGUUUUCCUCUGAGGGAAGAAGACGUUAAAGACUCUGUUCAAAAAGUGAUCAAAGAUUUUCCAAGGACUACACCAUUCAAAGACUCCAGACCUGGUGAAAAAUGGAUGAAAUUAUUUUUGAAAAGAAACUCAGAAAUUACCAAAAGAAACACUGAGGUAAUUUCCAAAGCUCGAGCAGCUGUAACUAAAGAAAAAAUUCGUGAUUGGUUCAAAGAGUUGGAUAAUUUUCUUAUGAAUCAAAAUUGUCGGGAUGUAUUAGAUGAUCCAAGUAGGAUAUUCAAUUGUGAUGAAACCGGUUUGCAAACUUGCCCUAAAUCUGGCAGAGUAUUAGGUUCAAGGCAAGUAGUAUAUAUGUACCAGUCCUGGCUCACUUCAUAUAUAUCAAUAAAAGAUCACAAUGAAAGUGAGAAUACUGGAAGACUAAGUACAGUAAAAGGUUAUAUGAGUUAUGCUGUUGAUGGAAAUGGUCCUACACAAAAUUCAGGAUUUCAAUCUACAUCUGAAGGAGGAGGAAGUGUUGAGCUCAUCAUUCCUUUAUCACACUUAGAUGGUACUGUUCCACCACCAAUGGUAGUUUACCCAUACAAGAGAAUCCCCACUUCGUUAAUGGCAACAUUUCCUAAUAAUUGGAUGAUUGGAAGAUCAGACUUAGGAUGGAUAGUCAGCAGUACUUUUUUUGAAUUUAUUUCAAAUGGUUUCUUUACAUGGUUAGUCAAGAAUAAAGUAAAAUUUCCUGUGAUACUGUUUGUCGAUGGCCACAAAAGUCAUUUAAGCCUGGAAUUGGCAGAUUUUUGUGCUCAAAAUCAGAUUAUUUUUUACUGCGUUCCUUCAAAUAAUUUUUGUUGCAGGCUCGAAUAG